GGAAUGGGCGUGGUCUGACGGCAGCUUUUGUCGCUCAGAGUAAAGUGAACAAUAACGUGUCCGACAGUAGAUGAUACAGUUUGUAAAUGGACCGGCUGUGUGCACAACUUAAUUUCAGAUGAUAGACCCACAAUGCACGUGAGACAUGACCAACAGGGACCCCUGGGAUAGCUCAAGCAGUAUCCGCAGCAUGGAGCCAACAGCCCGCUGCUCCCCCACUGUCCCAGAGCCUGAACUGUACCGCAGCAUCCAGGCUGUGUUGCCCAGGGAAACGGACAACCAGCUUUCUCCAGACUGUCUCAACAAAGGCAUGCUGAGAUGGACACUUCAUAAGAAGGUUCAAAACAAUCCUGCAAACAGCUUAUCUCUGGUCUGGGUGCUGAUAAAAGAGCUGGAAAAGGCUGAGAGAUGGGACUCUCGCAGGUUUAUCAUCCCUCUGCUCCACACACUGAUGUAUGCCAUUAUUCAGACAGCCUACAUUCCAGAUGAGCUGUACAAGCGGGUUUAUGACUUCUGCAAGAGACUCCUCACCUAUCCUCAUCCCUACUGCACCGUAGGCCUCAGCUACACCAGGCAGAUCAAAACUGAACGCUCCAUUCCAGGUCUGAUGUACCAAAGGAUGGUCACAGCGGAGCAGAGACUAAAGAACGAGCACUAUCCCUUCCAGGAUAGGGUCUUCAUCCUGGCUGACCCUGAAGUCUUCUCUGGUUCUUUGGGGAUGGUCCUAUUGGGAGACAUUGAGACGUACGGAUCUAUGAACCCUUUCGAUCACAUGUGCAGUGUGGUCCAACACUCCAUCCAGGCUGCUUUAGGAGCAGAGCAGUGCCACGCCAAACUGGCUCAAGCCCUAAAGGACAUGGGUCAAGACGUGGAGUCGCACUUUCAGGAAGUGUUGGCGGCUCUGGAGCAGAGCGCGGAGGAGAGCAGCAGAGGGGAUGGGGGGCUGCUCAGGAGCCGCCUGCAGCAGCUGUAUAGCAAGAUCCUCUCCGAAACAGACUCGGAGCCAUUGUCUAGCAGAGGACUGUGUGACUGCCCUCUUCCUAACCCAGAGAUGAGCUUCCACCUGUGGACGGAGGAGCUGGAUAUCUGGCGAGAGCUGGCCAAGUGGUUUCGAUCCAGCUCCAUAUCGGAGGAGUUCCCCCUCAUCCCGGAGCAGGAGGACUUUGAGCUCGGGGAGUCUCCCGGCGACCUGAUGCCGUCAGACAUGACUCGCUUCUCCAUCAUGUCCGACGACAGCGGCAUCGAAAGAGACCUGCCCCCCAACGCUGAUCCCUUCACACCUUCAUCUCUGGACACAGCCAGCAUGAGUUCAUCAUGGGAACAAUGCAAGAGUGAGCAAGACGCUGCAAGACUUUUCCGGCGUGGGGGCAUCAAGAUGAAACCGUCAGUGAAGGACAGCAUGGUGCUGAUGCAGGACACCCUAGAGGAACACCCAAGCCUCGGAGGAGGGGGAGGAGGAGGUGGAGGGAGGGGAGGAAGCAAAGGGACUCUGCAGAGACGAGCAGGAAGCAGCGUGAUGCAAAACCCCUUCCCCAAGCAGCAGAGACAGUUCACUGCCAGGAUAGUGGCUAUGGGGGACGACAGGGUGCUGGGCCGCCUGGCCAAGGCCUACUACAUCUUCAGGAAAAGGGAAGCGCGGAGGCUUUUUCUUACAAUGAAAGUCAACCUCCAGUUUUACUACAUCCCUGUUUGCGGGCCCACAACUCCCAACUCCUCUAUCAAGGAAAGCCUUCUUCAGCCUAAGGGAGAUCCCUGCACUCUUGGUUCCUACUUAAGCAUGGUGGACCCGUGGUACAACUCUAACAUCAAAAGUUUAGGCUGCAUGAUCCCCAAACUGGCUAAGAUGCAACACACAAACCCAGGGAGGCCAAAAGAGCCCUUCGUGUCUGAUGUCAUUUCCUACUACGUUCGUACCGGCCAGCAGCCCGUCUACUUCACUAUCUACUAUGUCAAGAUCACAUUCACCAACAUGACAAAGGACCCUGUGGAAGACGUGUUUCUUACCCAUCUAGAAAUGGAGUUGCCUGAGUUCAGACAGAUCUCAGCGUCAGUUAGAGAGAAACACAAGUGGAGUGCAGGGGAAGUCUGUGGGGCUGUGGUCUCAUUGAAUUACAAAAAGGUAACAUUAAGUGGACGAGACGUUGAAAAAGGAAUCUCAGUACGGACAUCAGGCACUCAGAUCAGUGCUAUCCCCUCAAACGAAGCAGAAGAUCUGAACUGUUUGACACUGACAUUCAAUGAAUCUCAGACAAAAUCUAAAAACAACGUGACAGACUCCAAGAUUCGGAUGAGCAACGUUAAGAUUCGCACUUUGGAAAGCCGAUCCUUCACUGUUACACUGGAUAAAGAUUGUCGAAGGACCUUCAAAGAUGUGCAGAGCAUUGAGAUCUGCCCGUGUCUUGAUCCUGGAUACUCUGUCCAAAAAACCAUGAGGUCCAAAUUCAGUUUGGGAGAGGACAAAGACGCUGGACUCAGCAAAUACAUGUGCAAAGGACUCCCUCUUCCAAUCAACACAUUUGCUGGCAUCCUAACCUGACAUGGUGGAGUAACCCCACAGAGAAACUUUGGAAAUACAACCGGAACAAUACUGUGAUUGAUAGCAGGAAUGGUUGUUUGCCUUUUUGAUACGAGAGUUCCUGUCUGACACAUGAAAAGGCUAAAGGAAUCACCUUUGAGUCAUGCUGAGCUGCUCCUGAAACCAACAUGUUUCAGUCUGGGACGGGAAUGUAUGGAAAAGACUAUAAACCAUAACAGACAACACAUAUCGUGAUAGUGUCAAUUAUUGCUGUUGAAAUGGAAUAAUCAGUUAACUUUGACAGGAACUCAUUUGUUUUAUACAUGCAGCAGUGUAUGAUUGAACUCCUAACAGUGUUUUUUAACGGCUUUACAUAGUUUUAGAAAGUCACUCAAUACAUGCAGAUGUAAAUUGCCAAAGAACAACACUGCCUGUGACACUAGAGACCAGCAGGGAAACAAGUUAGCAAAGGUAUGUACCUGUAUACAUUAAAGGGGCAAUCUGCAAAAUCUGUUUCCCCAGGCAAAAUUGAAGGGGUUGAUUGUAUCAAUUACUCUACCUUAUAGACACACUACCUUGUAUUGCCUUGACACACGCAGACACAUGCAUGCAGUACACGAACACACAAAAGAAAGCAGACAUGCAGACCUGCCUUUAAGUGACUCACAUGUGCACGUUGUUGAAAGACAACACAGUGAGAGCUGAGUCAUUUAAAUACCUUGUUAUUCCCGUACCUGUUACAUAAGGUAGUAUAUAAUUAAGUUUUGAAUGAUCGACAAUAGCCUUAGGUUUAUAAUUUGGAAACCACACUGUGUUCAGUGCCAAAGCUAAAUCCAAGUGUCAGGAACUGCUGCUGAACAUAUUUUGUGUUUCAAUGGAUCACUCAUAGACAGUGAUCAUGUAAAAAAAUAGCCACAAAAAGUAGCUGUUAGACGCCAGACUGCCAACAAGAGUAUUAGUGUACAAGAUGAAAAAAACGCUUUUAUCCAAAGCGACUUACAUACUCAAUACUGUGGACAAUUUUUAUAGGAGCAAUUUGAGGUGAAGUGUCUUGCCCAGGGACACAACGACAUGCUGACUGCAGUGGGGUUAGAACCUGUGCUCCCCUGAUCCGAACACCAACGCACAACCCACUGCGCCACACACCUCCUGGGGGGACUGUCGAAUAUGAAACGUGGACACAAGCCUGAGGUGUGAAAAACACCUCUGAACCCCUUUUACUCACUGUGUUGUUUCUGAUGAUGCAAUGAAGUGCUACAUUGCAUCUAUUUGCACUGAAACUGCAAUUAAUUUAAAGAUAAUGCCUUGUAGGAGUGGAGCAACAAAGGGGUAAUUAAAGUUAUGAACUGUGCGUGUAAUUAUGUCAUUACUUUGCACGUCAUAGGUGUAUGAUUUUCUAUUAGUCAUGGAGGGAGGCUUUAAAUAUAAAUUAACUGUUGGUACAGUUGUUGUUUGCCGAAAAGUAUGAAUGACUCGGGAUACAUUUGUAUGCAAGAUACCAUAAUGCAGUAAAGGUCAGAAGCCUCAGAAACUGAAGUGAAGUGUUAAUGGCUGCAACAUAAAAUCAUGUGAGUGUCUGUGUGUCUGCUUGCCUGGCAGGGUGAAGUCAUGAGUUUGAAAUUCUUGAUAUAUUUUGCACAUUAUUUUUCCAAAAAUGUCCUGUAUAAAGACGAUGCCAUUCAAAUCAAAAUGCAGUUGUGUAAAUAAAUGAUUUUGUUUUGUAAAAAA